AAUUACAGCAGGGAUUUGUAAUCCCUAAAUACAGAAUUUUUUUUAAAUACAUCUGAUAAAUAUAUCUCUAAUUAGCCUUCAGGCUUCUAAGAAGACCAUAAGUACCACAAUCCACCCAGUCAAACAAUUCACCAUACAAAAGCUUUUCCUGCAAUGUGAACAUAAAGAAUAGAUGACCUGUCCUACAGCAAAAACACAUCAUAGCUUUUGACUUUUAAACUUCUCACAAGAACUUGUAAGAGAGAGAAAAUAUUUUAAGCAAAAUACAUAACACCUUUAUACUCGGCGCAGUACAAUUACUGACUCAUCAUUUUGUUUGAACCAGUAUUGUUACUAGCUGUUAUAAUACAAUGAAGGAAGACAACUAUUCAAGAAUUACUGAAGUCUGGCUUACUGGAAUAGACCACCUGCAAAGUACUAGAAUUGUUCUCUUUAUUUUUUUUCUGAUUAUGUACGUGAUGAUAUUAACGGGCAAUCUUCUAAUAAUUUCAGUCAUCACAUCUGAACAUUGUCUUCAUUCUCCAAUGUAUAUUUUCCUAUGUAGUUUAUCCUUAUCAGAAGUUUUAUUUACUACCAAUCUUAUUCCUAAAUUUUUACAAGUUUUAUGGGAGGAUGGAGCUGCUAUAAAUCUAGGAAGUUGUCUUGCACAGUUUUAUGUGUGUGGAUCAUUGGGAGCAACAGAGUGCUUGCUGUUUGCAUCCAUGUCCUAUGAUCGGUAUUUGGCUAUCUGCAAACCACUCCAUUAUUGUUCUGUGAUGAGUUUUGCAUUUUGUGGCAAACUUGUUCUGUUCUCGUGGGUGUGUGCCUUUACUAUCAUGUCAAUCACAUUAAUUAUGAUUUCUCAGCUACAAUUUUGUGGACCAAAAAUCAUUGAUCAUUAUUUCUGUGAUUUUUCUCCCAUACUAGAACUUUCUUGUUCAGACACUCAUGCAGUUGAAAUAGAGACCUUCAUAAUUACGUCUUCAGUGGCACUCUUUCCAUUUUUAUUUGUUAUUGGAACUUACAUUUGCAUUAUUACUACUAUUUUGAAUAUCCCUUCAUCCACAGGUAGAUGGAAAUCAUUCUCCACAUGCAGCUCCCACCUGGCUACAGUGUGCACAUAUUAUGGAACACUUAUUAGUCUCUAUGCAAUACCCACACAUACCUUUUCAAGGACAGUUAGUAAGACUUUAUCUCUUAGUUACACAGUUGUCACUCCCAUGUUCAACCCCAUAAUAUAUAGCCUGAGAAACAAAAAAAUGAAAUUAGGUGUUCAAAAAUGUUUGAGAAAAUGUCUGAUAAGAAAAGAAAGGCAUUUCUUGGGCCACUUCACACCUUAACCUUGUGUGACAGUACAAGGCCCUGCCACUGGGAAAAUGGUUAGCAACAGGAAGAUUGCCUUCCUAUCCAAUUGUGCCUUUCCUGCAGCAUUUUAAGAUACAUUCCAUUUUUUUAUACCUCUCUUCUUUUUUGUAGUUAUAAUUUUAGCAAUUUUUCCCAUUAGUACUUUUAUGUUUUUUUUUUAAAUCAUCCCAUCUUACCAUUUGCAUGAUAGUUGAUAAUCAAUCGCAUGGUUAGAUAUUCAAUUAACUCCAAUAUAUCAUACAUAUAUGAGUUCCUAUGAACCU